AUGGCCCAUGCAAGCCAAAAGUGUGGCUGGUGUUACAGCCAAACCAAUUAUUUUUCUUCUUAUUCAUUCUCCUCCCUAAAUGAUCGUGAUUAUUUAUUCCACAGAUUAAUUGGGUUAGCUUUUGCCUGUGCUCUCGGAGUCACCUUUCUGGUUCUAGCAUGCGCCCUUCCAGAAUACAACAACUGGUGGCCCAUGUUUGUCCUGUUUUUCUACGUCCUGUCUCCACUGCCAACUAUCGUGGCUCGAAGGCUCUCUAAUGGCUAUGAUUCAUCUAGCAGUGCGUGUAUUGAACUGUGCAUCUUUCUGACCACAGGCAUAGUUGUCUCUUCCAUUGGUCUGCCAAUUGUUUUGGCACAUGUAGCAGUGAUCAAAUGGGGAGCUUGUGCGCUGGUGAUAUCUGGCAACGUGGUGGUGUUUCUGACCAUCCUGGGAUAUUUCAAAGUGUUUGGAAAUGACGAUAUCGACUACAGCAUGUGGUGA